AUGGAAUAUAAGAAAACGAAAAGAACUAAUCAGUUUAUAUUUGAAGGAAGCAAACAUGCCACAAAGAGACAAAAAAUAAAUGUGAGUGCCCAAUGUAAAGGAAUACUUCUAUCAACUGUUUCACCUCGUAAAAUGAGUUCAGGUAUAAAAGAAUUUAUUAACUUUUUAAAGUUGAAUUUCCCUGAAGAGAACUUAGAAAAUGGAGAGAUUAAAAUUAAGGAGGCUGCUACAGAUGAUCAUGAUAAUGAUUCUGAUAGAAAAACAAGUAAUGUCGAAAAACAAUUGAAUGAAGAGAUACGUAAAGAAAAUUCAGAUUAUAUUAGAUUUGCUCCCUUGAGAAAUAUUAUAAAAAACUUUACAUUCAUCAAAUUUAAUAAUGCAGCAGAUAAAAAUCCAUCAGAAAUUGUUACACAAAUUUUUUCUAUGGCUAGAAAUAAAAAAGAAAAAUAUAUCUUAAGAAAUAUUUGUAAAAUUAUACCGUUCGAUUGUAUAUGUAAACCUCAUAUAUCACCUUUUAUUAAGACACUCCUUCCAUUAUUAAAGGAAAAUUUUUCUAAAGGAUUAUGUGUGCAAGAAAACUUUACUAUUACUAAUUUGCUCAAGUUGUUGAAUGUGUCAGAAGAAAAAACUACUGAGCUAGCCAAUAAGCAAGAUGAACCACAAGAAGAAAAUGGAAAUGAAGACACCUCGAAAAGUAAUGAAAAUAAAAAUGGAGAUAGUGAUGAAAAUAAAAAUGGAGAUAAUAAUGAAAAUAAAAAUGGCCAUAAUAAUGAAAAUAAAAAUGGCCAUAAUAAUGAAAAUAAAAAUGGAGAUAAUAAUGAAAAUAAAAAUGGAGAUAUUAAUGAAAAUAAAAAUGAUGAGACUUCCAAAACAAACAGCCAAAAUGAUAAUAAAGAAAAAAAGUCAGAAAAUAAAAACGAAACAGUUCUGAACAGUUCAGGAGAAAAAAAAACUACAUGGGGAUUAAUAUAUAAAUGUUCGAAUACAAGAACAUUAACAAAAAAAGACGUAUUGACAGUAUUGGAUAAUUGUAUAGGAAAUAAUUAUUCAGUGAAUUUAACAAAACCGGAUUUAGCAAUUAUUGUUCAUGUGACGGAGAUAAUGUGUGGUAUUAGUAUUAUAAGGGAUUAUGACAAAACCAGAAAAUUUAAUAUAUCAUCCUUUAAUGAGGAUUCGUAA